GGCUUGGUCAUUGACAUCAUCAACAUGCUGCCGCCGCCACCUUCGACCACCACCAAGACCCCGCUGCUCGACAGCCAAGACGCUGCAUCCUACACACAGCAGCACGCACCAACAACCACCUCAACGAUGCCAGCCAACUCGAGUCGGCCAAAACAGCGAUGGGUCCAAGCUGCUCGGCACAUCCGCGACAAAUCGCCCAAGCCAUCGAAUCGAUGGAACGAGCUCUUGACGACGUUCCGGUCGAGUCAACGCAGCACGUGCAUCAUGCGGCCGCCAGCCAACCCUGACAAGCCCAUCUCUUCGUUUCAACUGAGUGAUAUUGACGUGUUCUUGGGCCGGUCGAAACCGCCGGCCAUCGAGUACAUUGUCGUCGAGGUGCUCGUGCACAAAUGUCCCCUGCAUCCGUCGCAUCUAGGCCGGUGGGCGCACUCGGCUGUCCGGUACACGAUGCCCAACGGUGACCAGAAGCUGGUCAAUAUUUGCCGACCAGAAGAAGGCCACCAAUUGAUUGAAUUUUACGACGACCCUGAAGAUUACCUCUUGGGCGUUCAAGGCAAGGGCGGUAUCUUUUCCCGAGAUAUUUGCUCGAUCCGCAUCGAAGACGUCCAUCCGGAUAGCAUGCGGGCACUGGAUCAUCAUUUCCAAGCCAUUUCCCAUCGUUUUCGAGCCGAUGGCAAGGGAUGCUCAUUUGAAAUCACCGGCGGGUUCUGGGAGAACCUCGUGCGCGAAAUGUUUCAUUUGCCGUCGAAACCCAGCGGCAAUUGUGCGCGAUGGGUGUCGAAAGGACUCGUGUACGCAAACGUGCUGAAGCGCCAGAGUAUGUUUCCCAAAGCCAUUUGGGUCGAGAUGCUCGAAAAUCAGUCGGCGGCGAAUGCGGCCAACGUCAAUGUCGUGUACUAUCGUCGCAUAAAAGGCAAAGCAAAAGAAAAGCCGCAUCUACAAACGGGGUUUAGCUUUACCAGCGUGAAAGCAUGCUUAUUCUUCCCCACCGACUUGUUUCAAUCGUGGCUGUAUUGGGAUAUGGCCAAGUUUGCCAAUGUCAUUGUCGACAACAGCGACGAUGUUUCGACGGACCAGCAGGCGGCACAGCUGCAGCUAGAGCUCGUGGGGGGGGAGGGGUGCCGCACCCCCCGCGCCGUGAUCUACUGCGUCCGGUUUUCCCACGCGUUUCUUGUGUUUGCGUUGGCUUUGGGGUACGUUUUUUAUUGCCCGGGUGGGUACCCCCCCCAAGAGCACGGGAUUCCGUUUGCGUAUGAAGUAUGCCCAACAACAUGGCCGGGCACAACUGGGUACCGCAUCACGCUGUCCAUCGUCGCAAUUGCCAUCUUGGAAUUUUGGUGGUAUUAA